AUGUGGAAAAAUAAAAAUGGUAGUUCGAAAAAAGAUAGUGGUACUCCAUCAAAAGCAACAAGUCAAAAUUUAGAAUCGUUAUCCGAAGACGAAGAAAAAAUAAAAAUGAAUAUUAUUGGAAAUGAUGAAACUUGGUCGAUAGGUACGACAAAUGAAACGACAAUAGAAAAAAUUAAAUUAAUGGCUUUGUCUCAUUUUUUCAAUACAAAUGAUUCUCAUAAACUUGCACCUAAAUAUAGACUUAUAAGCGUUUCCGAAAAAAGACCCCUACCUAACACGAGUACUUUGUUUCAAGAAGGACUUAGAAAUAACGAUGAGCUUUUAUUGGUCGAAUCUUAUAUUCCUCCAAUUAAAGAACUACCAACACCUGAUUCUUUAAAAGGUCCCACACCUGUUCAGAUAAAUAGUAUUACUCAUAAUCAAAGAGAAAAAAAUGCAAUAAGAAAAUAUCCACAAGCAGAAUGUGCCGCCGAUUUUCAUCGAGAAGUUAGAAAAAUUCUCAUGUCUUUAUGCGAAGUAUCGGCAAAAAUAUUAUCACCAACUCCGGAUUCACAAAAAAUAAUAAAAUUAAUAGCGGAACAGCUUUCAGCAAGACGGGUAUCAGAAAUAAAUCCAACUUCCAUAAAAGCAUUAAUAGAUAUGGGUUUUACUAAGCAACAAGCAGUAACAGCAUUAAAAAAAAAUAUUAAUCAUAGAGAAGCUUUAGAAUGGUUAAUUGAACAUUCAAACGAUCCAAAUUUCAAUGCUGAAGAUGAUUCCGAUGGCGGACCCGGUCCGUCAACGAGCGCACAAAUUUCCAGUUCAAAUUUAACAUUAGUUCAAGCCGUUAACGAAAUGUUAGAAAAAUUUCGUAAAAUAAGAAUGAAAGAUUUUAAACCUAAUCCAAAAUCAGUAACCAUUUUACAAGAAAUGGGAUUUAAAUCGGAAGAUGCACAAGAGGCACUUAGAGUAACGGGAAAUAAUCAAAAUGCAGCUUGCGAAUGGUUAUUGGGAGACAGGCGUCCAAGUUUACAAGAUUUAGAUAAAGGAAUGGAUCCUGAUAGUACGAUAUAUAAAGCAAUUAUGAGUAAUGCUUCCGUCCAACUUAGUUUAAACAAUCCGAGAAUGUUACUUGCUUUUCUCUCCAUGUUGGAUAAUCCUAAUAGUGCAAACUUGUGGUUGAAUGAUCCUGAAGCUGCACCGGCUUUAAACACAAUAUUUAAAAUAUAUCAUUCGGAAAAACAUGUCAAUCACUUUUCGUGA